CUAGAGAGCAUCUUUCUGAAACGUUCCCAGCAAAAGAAGAAGACUUCCCCGCUGAAUUUCAAGAAGCGCCUCUUUCUGUUGACCGAGAGCAAGCUCUCUUACUAUGAAUACGACUUCGAACGUGGGCGCAGAGGAAGUAAGAAGGGCUCAGUGGACAUUGAUAAAAUCACCUGCGUCGAGAUUGUGGUUCCGGAAAACAAUCCGCCUCCAGAACGACGGGUGUUGCGAAAAGAAGAUACAAAUGAACACGAGCAGGUUUCCAUUAUAGAAAGGUUUCCGUAUCCCUUCCAAAUUAUAUACGAUGAAGGACCCCUCUAUGUCUUCUCUCCCAUGGAAGAACUACGGACUCGAUGGGUUCACCAACUGAAGACCAUGACCAACUAUAACAGUAACCUGGUGCAGAAAUAUCAUCCUUGUUUCUGGACAGAUGGACAAUAUCUUUGUUGCUUCCAGACUGCAAAAAUGGCUAUGGGUUGCAAAGUGCUGGCUGGCAGAACUCCAAGUUUCAAAAGUGGCCGUUUGCUUCAGAAGCCCGAAAAGCCACUGCCCCCAACGCCAGAGGAGAACCAGUUCAUGAAGAAGCCUUUGCCACCCAAGCCAACACCCAGCAUUCCUUCUAAAACGAGAAAAGUGAUCGCUCUCUACGAUUACACCCCCAUGAAUGACCAGGAUUUGCAGCUACAGAAAGGGGAAGAAUAUCUCAUCCUGGAGGAGAGCAGUGAAUCUUGGUGGAGAGCACAAGACCAGAAUGGGUAUGAGAUGGGAGAACAUCAACAUCUGGAUUGGCACAUUGACAAAGAUGGCGGUUUCAUCGUUCGAGAUUCUAUCAGCAAGACAGGGAAAUACACCGUCUCUGUGUUUGCUAAGUCCUCUGGGGAACCUCAGGGCACCAUUCGGCAUUAUGUGGUGUGCUCGACGCCCCAGAACAAAUAUUUCCUGGCCGAGAAGCACCACUUCAACACUAUCCCGGAGCUCAUCAACUAUCACCAACACAACUCUGCAGGUGAGGACGAGCAGCUGUUGGUUAAAGGUGUCCACAAUUGACCGCUUAGCUGGUG